CAGCCCCGCGGCGUGCCCUGCCUCCACCUGCUCCCUGCACAUCCUCCCCGGGGAUGCGGGAUGGGCAGAACCCUGGGAGAAGGCACUGACAGAGGUGCAGGAUGGCAGAAAGCCCUGGAAAUAUGUUUGGGGUGGUGGGCAAGGCUUGAGCUUCCCACUCCUGGGGACCUGCUGUCCGCCUUGGGGCUGAGCUCUGCCCUUGGCAGGAGGAGACAGAGCUGCGGGUGCCGGGCACCCACGGUGGCACUCAUGUCACCACACCUGUGUGUGCCCUGCCUGCAGGGAGGAGGGAAUUUGGGUUCGGGGUUCCCAGGAAGGGGUCGGGAAGGAGGGAGACUUUUCCCAGCAGGACAGGGUUUGGAAAGCACCGCAGGUCCUGGGUGCAGCUCCAGAGGUUUUACUCCUCGUGGCCGGAAGCGAGUGGGCCCGCACGCGUGUGGUGGCUCGAGCUGCCAGGGUGAUUAACAGCAAUUAAUUACAGAUGAGCAGCAGUCACCGUCUGCUGUCCAAGUGCCUGGCAGCUUCAGAGCUGCUCAGGAGAUAGAUGAGAAGCAGAUUCCUGCUGGAGGAGGAUGAGGAUAAGGAUGAGGAUGGAGCACUGUGCCAAGCCACACUCCUGACUGUUCCAAAUCCUUGCCACCACUGCACAUCCCUGCAGCCCUGGGACAGUGCUAAGGGACUGUUUCCCCCACCUCCUGCCCCAGCCCUCUAGCACAGAGGUGACAAAACGCCUGUGAGGCUUCCUCCUGACUUCUCAGCCUUGAGAGGAACCUGUGGCCAGGCCAGUGAGAAGUUGGGCCACCUGGUUUAUUUUGGGCUGGUGUUCCGGUCACACAGCAGUGAGUGCAUCUCUGCCCAGCCCCUGCCGGGGGGACACACAGAGGAGGCAGGUUUGUGUGGGCUGGACACACCCAUCCUGCUGGAGUCCCAGUCCCAGCAGUGCUGCUCCAUCCCGUUACUUAACAGCACGGCAGUAACUCCUGGCAGGCGUGGAGGUGCCUGUCUCCUGAUUAAUGCCAUCCACGCUGCUUAAUCCGGAUCAGGGGAGAAAGCCCAGGAGCUCUGAAGGGCUUUGGGAAAUCAGCAGUGCCUGCUGUGAGUGUUUAUGUAAGGUGGCCAUGGUGUGCAGUGCCAGAGGCGAAGCUGGGACCAAGCCAGAGGCACCUGGCAGCUCUGCCAGCACCUGGGCACAGGUGAGGUUGGGAAGGCAAUGUGGGCUCAGCAGGGCCAGGCUGCUGGGGGCUCUGCCUGCACCAAGGCUCCCUCCAGAGCCUGUGGAUGCAGGAGGCCCCGUGGCCCUUCCCUGGGAAGGCAGGACACUCCAUUGGGACAGAGGGGUGAAACCACCACGCUCCACCAGCCCCAUGCCCACUCUGGUAUCCUGCCCCUCUGGAAGUGGCUGAGCUGUGCUUCACACAGUGCAUGUACCUCGAGGGAUGGUGGGAUGAGGAGGUGAGAGGAACCUCUGGCCAUUCAUUGCACAGGAAGAAGCCUCUUUCAUUUCCCUAUUUUGAAUUCUGCUUCCUUCCCCAGUGCUUGGUUUGGAGCACAAGGAGAAUGUGGGAAGGGAUGUGGGCUCUGUCCAUCUCCCCACUGUUUUGGGGAGGGGAAUCAUCUGCUCCCCAGACUGGGCAAGGCUGAAACCACCCAGCUGGGAUUAGGCUGAGCUGAAGGGACCCAAGGUGAGCCCUGCCCUCCACCUCACCACACUGUGCAGACCCUGCAGAGCCAGUGGGUGGCCCUGGUCACAGACCUUUCAUUAAGAGCGUAAGGAAGAACCACAAACAAAGCACAGGAUUAAGUGCCCAAGGCACAGUGCUGGGGGCCCUGGCCAGGCUGAGGGUGUCCAAAUGGGGCUGCCUCCUCCUCCUCCUCCUCUUUCACCUGCCAGUGUGAAGGUCACAGUUCACGUGUCUCCCUGACUGUGGCAAAAAUAGCGCCCGUUAAUCUGGAACCUAAGCAGCUCUCCUGUGUGCAAUUAAAGAGAUCACAAGUCUCGGCCCCAGGGAACGUGUACUGGCACCUAAAGCCCUGGCAGUGGGGCUGCUGGGCAUGGCAUGGCAUGGCAUGGCAUGGCAUGGCAUGGCAUGGCAUGGCAUGGCAUGGCAUGGCAUGGCGGCUCCCACUGGCCCUGGGGGAACAGGUGAGCUGUGUUGGGGAGGAGCUGGUACCCAGGUGACAAAUAUUGUUGAGCUGAUGCAGGGGCCUGGGAGGAGGCACAGCUCCUACAGGGAUAUCCUGAUCCCAGUGCUCCGUUCUGGGGGUUGAGAACGAACUGAGUGCAGCCCCAGAGGAACGGCUUGAGUGGUGCUGGAGGUGAGGAGGGUGAAUGGGGCAUUGCUGGAGCAGUUUGUAGCUGCCCUGGGCUGUCCUUGUGCCCCAUCCCUAGAGCCAUUCCCACAGGAGGGUAUCCCACACAAUGGCUGUGGCAGGGUUGCAGUGGGAAUUCUGCUUGCCUGACAGCCAUAUGGCAGAGCCACUUUGGGCUUUCCACAGUCUCCUCUUUUCUGCAGCAAACAUGGAGUUAAUGAUACACUAAUUGGGUCAGGCAAGGCCAGCCUGGAGUUAUGAAAUGUUGCUGGGCUGGGCAUGCUGUGCUGGGGACAGUGGCAGCUCUGUGUCCCACCCACCAGGGGUAGCUGGUGCUUCCCUCUUGGUUCAGGGAGGUUGAAUCCUGCCUUCACCCCAUCCUCUUGCACAGCAGUGUCCCCAUGGGGAGGGUGUCCUCUGUGCCCUGGGCCAUGGCAGGUCACCUCUAGGUGAGCAACCUCAUGGGCACCUUGGCCAUGCAGGGAGCUGCUUGUGCCUCCAUCCUUCUGUUAUCCAUCCAGGAAGGGGAGGGAGAACUCCAGGCUGGUCCCUCCUCUUCCAUCUCUAUCCAACCCCAUGCCCAGGCCCAUCCCAUCUCCCCUUGCCAUAGGAGCAGCUGCAGAGAGCCCCUGUGACAAUCUGCUCCUUCCCACCAGGAGCAGAGCUUCCACCUCAAUUACCAUCACCUUGCUCCUAAGCCCUCUUUGCCAAUCCCUCUAAGCUGCUUUCCCAGGGCUUCAGCAAGAGAUGUAUUUAUAGCCCACUCUUACUCAUGAAGCGUCUCCCCAAUUAAUCAACUAAUAGGAUUCUUCCCUCAAGUCCCUCUGCCCGAGCACUCACAGACACACAACCCCCCCCAGCCCCAGCCAAGGCUGAGUGGGCGAGAUCAGAUGCCAGGGGAGGGACAGCCAGGGGGGAUAUAAGAAGCUGCAGCACUGGGAGCAGCCUGUAGUGGCUGUGUGGCACUGGGAGCUGCUGGGAGAGGAAGAGAAGUGCGUCUGUCUGUCCAUCCACCUGCCAGAUUUCCUUGUGGACAUUCCUGCACUGAGUUAAAAUGGCAGAUGGAUCAAAGGUUUUCAAGAAGACCAGCCCCAACAGCAAGCUCUCCCUGUACCUGGGGAAGAGAGACUAUGUGGAUAAUGUGGACUCAGUGGAAUCUGUUGAUGGUGUCUGCCUGAUCGACCCGGAGUACCUAAAGGACAGAAAAGUGUAUGUGACGCUGACCUGCGCCUUCCGCUACGGCCGCGAUGACCUCGACGUGAUCGGCCUGACCUUCAGGAAGGACAUCUACGUGCUGACCACCCAGCUGUACCCACCUGUGCCAGACCAGGCCCCCAAAACCCUCACUCCUCUGCAGGAGAAGCUGAUGAAGAAGCUUGGGGAGAACGCCUACCCCUUCACCUUCGAGAUUGCCACCAACUUGCCCUGCUCCAUCACUCUCCAGCCUGGGCCAGAUGAUGUGGGAAAGGCCUGUGGCGUGGACUUUGAGGUCAAAGGAUUUUGUGCUGAAAAUCUGGAGGAGAAAAUUCACAAGAGGAACUCCGUGCGCCUCAUCAUCCGCAAGGUCCAGUUCGCCCCGCUGCAGACGGGGCCGGCCCCGAGAGCCGAGACCACCCGGCAGUUCAUGAUGUCAGACAAGCCUCUGCACCUCGAAGCUUCCCUGGACAGGGAGAUCUACUACCAUGGAGACCCCAUCAAUGUGACCGUCAACAUCAACAACACCACCAACAAGGUUGUGAAAAAAAUUAAGAUCUCAGUGGAUCAGAUCACAGACGUGGUUCUGUAUUCUCUGGACAAGUACACGAAGACUGUGUGUACCGAGGAGAUAAAUGAGACUGUGGCUGCCAAUUCCACCUUCUCCAAAACGUAUGCGGUGACCCCCCUGCUCUCCUCAAACCGCCAGAAGCGAGGCCUCGCUCUCGAUGGCAAACUCAAGCAUGAGGACACCAACCUGGCCUCCACCACCAUCCUGAGACCUGGCAUGGACAAGGAGGUGCUGGGCAUCCUGGUGUCCUACAAAGUGAAGGUCAACCUGGUGGUGUCCCGAGGAGGCAUCCUGGGGGAUCUCACUGCCAGUGAUGUUGGGGUGGAGAUGCCCGUCAUCCUCAUGCACCCGAAGCCUGAUGACUCUAAGCCAAGGAGCGAGGAGGACAUUGUCAUCGAGGAAUUUGCUCGCCAGAAGCUCAAGGGAGAGAAGGAUGAUGAAGACGAGAAGGAGGAAGCUGAGAAAGAGGAGAGCUAA